UGGGAACGCCCAUAGGGGUGGGAGAAAAAGGGUGAGAGAGAUUCCAGACUCUGUGUCCCAAAGAAAGGCAGAAGAACAAGCAUCUUGGACACAGGAGGACGCAGGCUGGAACUACUGGCAUGGACGGCGUAUCCGAAACCAGUGCUACAAGUACACAUGAACCUGUGUAUGAUUAUCCACAUCAAGAGACCUCCCGUUCCCCAUCUCCCAGAGGCUCCCCAACUUCUCUCAGUAUCUCAGAAAGGCUUCUUCUCACCCAGAGCGUCUGGCUUCAUCUCAGUGUAAACUCAGCCACUGCACUGCACAUACUGCAGAGAGAGCCGCUAGGGACUUUUCUUGUGAGAAGAUCUAACACUCGGCAGCAGCUGGUCCUGUGUGUGAGGUUAUCCGAUGAUUCUGGACCAAGUUUCAUUCAUCAGUCGUACAUACAUGAAGGGCCCUCAGGUCUCUCACUGGAAAAGUCUCAACUUACCUUUCCCGACCUUAUAAAGCUGGUGUCGUCUUACAGUACUGAAAGGGAUGUUCUACCUUAUAUGCUUAGACUUCCUGCAGCUAUAGAACAAGUAACUUCACGAAAAGAACUGGAGGCCAUUUCCCAUUUAGGACAUGAGUUCUGGAAUUCCUCCCUUAAUGCUCGAAACGCUGCUUCAGCCCCCCCUGCUACUCCCCCUAUUACAUUGUCUCUGUCUCCUCUACCCCCUGACCUACCAGACACAGUCCUCCCGACUCUUAUCCCAUCACUAAAAACUCGUAGCCCAAAAGAAGUUUCCGUAGAAGGAAAGGAGGGGGCACUCUUCUUUUUAAACCCACUAUUUAAAUCCAAAGACUCUGGAGCGCUAAAACGUUCUCACUUCCAAAAAAGCAUUAAGGUCAGGGUGUCCACGGAAAAUUCUGGUUCCCUCUCUCCCCCUCUAAAUCCACCUCCUCCUGUACCAUAUGAGGAAUCUGUAAAAGAGGAAGAGACACCAGUCGAUGCAUCAGAGGUCAACAAGGAUGAUCAAUCCCCGGAUGUAUCAGAAGACAAAGAGUAUAGAAAACCUUCCUCAUCAUUAAGACACCGUCUAAGAAAAAGUCUGAGCAAAAGCGGACGUGAUCUUGGACUUAAAUUGUCACCAAUGCGUUCCAAAGAUGUAGCAGACUACAAUGUCCCUACGUCAACUGGGAGGACACAAGAAACCAAAGAUGAUAAAGAAAUUCAUUUAAAUGGUGCGAAUUCUUUAGAAGAGCCGGAUAGUGCUUCUAUUAGCAGUGCAGAAGACGGGACAUCAGAGGACGGAGGAAAGUUUUCUCCUCAACUUACAAGAAGGAAAAAAAAGAUAAGUGGUCGGUCCUCCUUUCGUGCAGUCAGUGGAGCCUUCCUGUCCCUUUUAUCUCCCGAGCGCAAAAUGAUUAUUCUCAUUGAAGAAAUGGGUAAAGAUGUUACGACUGAAUUUGGGAAGGAGCUGCAAGCUUUUCUUCAAAAUGUGGAUAUCAAUACAAGUAAAGAUAAAAAAGAGGAAGAAGGAAAAAAUUACCAGAGUAUAAUAAAGGAAGUUAGGGCUUUUAUGGAUAAAAUUAAGAAUAUGUUGAGAGAAAGUGGUGAAAUGCACAUGGAAGCUGUUACAUCUGAUGGACAAGAACGUGUCUUAGAAAAGUCACUGCAUCGCCUUACUUUAAAGCCUUUGAGGCCUUAUUUAGUGUCCGAGAUUCAGAGAGGAAUGGAGGCAAAUGGAGAGCUGGAAAGGCUUGGGAAGAAUAUGCAAGCAGUAAAGAGGGGAGGCCCAUCUCUCCUUGGUGUGAAGCUGAAAGCUCCGGUUGCUCAAGAUCUGGAGAAAAUUCGUCAGAAAUUACUUAGAAUGCAGGAAAAAUAUUCACCUUCUGACAAAGUUCGCAUGUUGCUGCAGGCAUGCCGAGGUGUUUACAGGAGCAUGGACACACGACAAGAUGAUGCAUGUGGGGCUGAUGAGUUCCUCCCUGCUUUGUGCUAUGUCUUGGCCCUAUGUGAUCUGCCCCAUCUUCUCAUUGACAUCUACUACACGACAGAACUGCUGCCCCAGGAAGCUCUCAUAGGAGAAGGUGGAUACUACCUUACCAGUGUUUCUGCAGCUCUUUCUGUCCUGUCCUCCCUACACACUCAUCCCCAAGAUGCUGGAUUAUCGUUAAGUGAGUGGCAUCGUCGGAGGCAGGGUCUUCCAUCUCUCAACGACCUACAGAAUUUUCUACGAGUUGCUCACCAAGAUCCAAUAAAUGGCUGCACUACAAAGACUAUCUUGCUGAAGCCAUCACAGACUGUUGCCGACCUCACCUGCCUCUGUGCCCUCAAGUUUAAGCCUUCUAACCCAGAAGAUUACUCAAUUUUCCUGCACCAUGGUGGUGACCAAGAAGCGCUGCCACCUGAUGCAUUGCCACAGGAGAUAAAAGCAAAACUUAAGGAGUCUGGUUCCAGUUUUUUCUUUUGCUAUCAGCGGCUGGAGGACAGGGACAGUACGAAGAACUCUCUAGAACAAGAUCUGUUGAACAACCUUUGAUCUGCUACAGAUAUCUUAAACAACCCUAUCUACCUAUGCAAAAUGUCACUGUAGAGGUUGGUGCCUUAAAGACGUGGUCAUUUGCCGUUUGCCUCCAGGUUAAAUGUAAUACAGAAGAACAUUUCUCAGUAUUAUUGCUGAGGACUCUGUAUACAUGAACUCUGCAGGUACAACACAAUUCAGGAGAUAAUAUGAAUCUAUUCAUUGG